UCUGCGGCGGCGGAGGAGGAGUUCACGGAGGAGCUGCUCCUGCGGCCGCUGCCCGACCGCAAGGCGCUGGCCCACUUCCACUUCCGCUCCUCCACGCCCGCGCCCGGCCGCCACCACCACCUCUUCCCCAAGGCCAUCUCCCACCUGGUCCAGAAGUUCCAUAUCAGCGAACUGGAGCUAUCGUUCACGCAGGGGAGGUGGAACUACGAGACGUGGGGCGGACAUGAUCCGCUGUCAACAAACACAAAGCCCCCCGGUGUGGAGCUAUGGGCGGUCUUCGACCUUCCUCUCUCCGAGAUUGAUGGCACAUGGAAGAACCUCACGCACGCGCUGUCAGGCCUGUUCUGCGCGUCCAUCAACUUCCUAGAGUCUUCCACCGCCUUCUCGGCUCCUCGCUGGGGAUUCAAAUCGAAUGAAGGCAACCUCCGAUACGGUGCCUUGCCUCGUGAAGCUGUCUGCACCGAGAACCUCACACCUUGGCUGAAGCUUCUUCCGUGCCGUGACAAGGCUGGCAUUGCCUCUUUGCUGUACAGGCCUUCGAUUUAUAAAGGGUACUACCAUUCACAGAAGCUCAAGCUAACAACGUCCAAGACAGGAGGCAUUGUUCUUGAUCAGUCACUGACGGUUGUGCUGCAACCAAAUACGGCUAGGGGUAAGCAGCUACAUUCUGCUGAUGGAAAACCUCAGCCUAGCUGGUCCUUGGAGCAUCUGUUCAACAGGAAAUUGUCCGGGAAAUGUCUCGUUUCUAAAUCCAGCAGGAUAUUUGUAGAGAUUGAGAAAGGCAUACUUGCCGAAUCGGGGCCAGAAGUUUCUUGGAGCAAUGAAUUCUUUGAACUUUCCACCGCCCCUGACAGGGUGCUCAAAGAAUUGGAUCACUUGGACGUCCAAUCAUCGUCAUUAUAUGAAUAUGAUCUUGGUAACUACAAUGAUGAUAAGCCUUUGGAUGUGGGCAUAACUUGGAAGCUUCCCCUCAUAUGGUCUUGCUCCCCCGCACCAUAUUAUGCAAGAAGAUUUCUUAUGGGCAGUGGAAACGAAAGAGGGUCUAUUGCUCUGUCAUUUCUAUCCACUGAUUUACACAAGCAGUUGGGUGGCAGCUCAAAUGAUUGUUCAUUAAAGGCUGUAGUUCUCCAGGUUUUUCCAUGGUAUGUUAAGGUCUUUUAUCAUAGCCUACAAAUUUUCAUUGACGGGAGCAGCAAGGCUAUACCAGAAGUACUUGAAAUGAUCCAUGUCACUCCUUCAGAAGACAAACUUUCGCCUGGAACGCUGGAGAUGCUGCUAAGAUUUCCUUGCGGCAUGCAAUCAGCUACCUUGAUAUUGGACUUUGACAAGGGAUUCCUACACAUAGAUGAAUACCCUCCUGAUGCUAAUCAAGGAUUUGAUAUUCCAUCAGCGUUGGUUAGCUUUCCUGAGUUUAAUUCUAGCAGAAGAUAUCCCGAAACAGAUCCAAUGUUUGUAUCACCUUUGCUAGAAAAUUUUAAGGAAGAAAAUGUUGUGAAAUCAUACACAGAAGUGCUGCUUGUUCCCUUGACAACUCCUGAUUUCAGCAUGCCGUAUAAUGUUAUCACCUUCACUUGCACUGUCCUGGCUCUGUACUUCGGGUCACUACUUAAUGCUUUGAGACGAAGAAUUGGUGAGGAAGAGAGCAAGUUGAAAAAAGCAGCUUCAAGGCCUGCACUCAUUCCUAUGUUGAUAGCUAGGCUAAGGGGUCAGAAGGCCGAUCCAUCAAACUCAGAAUCCUCGCCUGUAUCUCCAGCAGGGCUAAAACUACUACUAAAGGUUGCGUUCGUCGCGGUAGUAGCUGUUGCAUUUCACUAUCUGUCAAACAGUUGAGAACAUUUUUGAGCUAGUUAUAGACCACGGUGAUAUAUUUUGUGUGAUCUUUUGUAGCCUAUGGUAUACCUGUAGAGGUGCUUGCAUACCGAUCAUCUUUUUUGUUUCACUCUGGAUUCUUAACUUUCCUCCCAAUGCAGCUUGUACAUCUUCUCUUUUUACAA